ACCCCCCUCGUCCUCAUCCACGACGGCGGAGGCACCUCGUUCGCGUACUACUGCCUCAACCCCCUCGGCCGCCCGACAUAUGCGCUCCACAACCCGCGCUUCUACUCACGGAAGCCCUGGACCGGAGGCAUCCCAGAGAUGGCCCGCCAUUACGUCGAACUCCUGCGCAGGCGUGUCCCGCGCGGCCCCAUUUUGCUCGGCGGCUGGUCUCUGGGUGGCAUCCUGGCCGUUGAGAUGGCACGUCUGCUAGCUGGCGACCCGACCCACCAAGUCAUCGGGCUUGUCAUGGUUGACAGUAUUUGUCCUUCGGGACUGCGCAUGCAGCGGCGUAGGCAGCACCUGGCGGGCAGGCGGGUGGUACCGUUCCGGGGCGCGGCGGGGGUGGGUACGAAGCGGGAUACCAUCGAGCGCGUGCAGUGGUGCUUCUCGGAGGCGGUGAAGGCGCUGGAAGCAUAUGAGCUGCCGCGGUGGGAGCAAGAGGCGGAGGACGACGCAGAGGACGAGGUGGCGGCGGUGGCAGCGGAGGAGGACUCCUGUCCGCCUGCCAUACUGCUCCGCGCUGAGGAGGCCGUGCCUGUUGAGCUUGACGAGGUGAGCCUAGUCGACACGGCUCGUGAUGAUCUGGCGCUCGGGUGGGACGACUACAGGCGGGAUUUCUUCACGAGGAUCAUUGAUAUCCCUGGUCAUCACUUCAGUGUCUUUUCUUGGAACAACGUGGACACGGUAUCGGCCAAGCUGAUGGAGGCGUGUAAGAGGCUCGAG